AUGAAUUCAUCAGAAACUGAUUCCGAUAAUGAACGUUCUGAAGGCAACGAAGAUUUCGCUUCGUCUGCCGAAGAAGAGAGUAGCAAUGAGUCGAUGGAAGAAUCUUCUGACGAAGAUGUGCCUAAACUAGCCGAUGACGAGUACAAAGAUAUGCCGUUUGAAGAUUUGCUUAGAUUGAAGAAAAAACUGGGAUCUCGCAUGUACAAUGAGGCUAUUUUUGGCAAAAUGAUCGAAAGAAAACAAACCACUCAGCCUAAAAAAUCAAUCAAGAAGUUGAAAAAAGCCACCAGCAUAUCGGCGAAUAAAUCGGAUGAUGAUAGCGGUCCAGAAGAGGUUUCGUCCAAAAGAAAAGUGCCAGCUCUAGGAAUGGGCAAACAAAGUAAGGCAGCAUCAAUUCAACGGCCAAGGGAUCCUCGUUUCGAUCCUCGUCAAGGUUAUUUCAGCGGACGACAGUUUCGUGAAAACUUCAGCUUUUUAAAUGAUCUGCGGAAGAAGGAGCUGAAUAAAUUGAAAAAUAAGCUAGAGGCGGCAACCGAUCCCGAAGAUGCGCAGAAGCUUAAGUUCGUCAUUCAGAGGACCGAGAAUCAAAUGCGUGAGUACGCUAAACAAAGAGCGCUCGACGAGGAAAAACAACGGAACAAACGCUCGGCUCGGGAAGCCAUACAAGAAGGAAAGCGACCAUUCUAUGAACGAAAAAGCACUAAACAGGCUCGAGCUCUGGUUGAACAGUAUGACAAGCUCAAGGAAGCUGGAAAACUCGAUAGACAUCUCGAAAAACGAAGGAAAAAGAUAUCUGCAAAAGACCGUAAAAAACUGGAUUUCGCUACGUAACGUCACGGUCGUGUAUUAUACUAUCGCAUACAAUAAAUUUCUAAUCUAUC